AUGGUUAUGAUUCUGUUGCACCCACGGCUGUGGAUCAGGAGCCCCUGCUCCAUGGCUCUCGAGCUGUAUGUCUGCCUCUCUGCCUGGCUGCGGCUGCUCGAGCUCCUCGACGUUGGAAGGUCGCACGUGCUCGUUCAUGGGAGAGCGGUGGUUCUAGGCAUGAAUGCCAAGAGUAUUGACUUGGCCGCUGAGCUCACGUUCCCCACAAGGCCUAAUGCGGAUAUGACGGCGAGACUUGGAGCCCUCUGGGGUAACUCUCAGCCGCCUGAUCUUAUCCACACCGCCGAGUCCGCCCCAUUGCACUAA